AUGGAGAAAGUUGGUGGUUCUUGUGGAAUCUCUGGAGGAGGAAGAGAACUAUCAGGUGUUGGGUUUGGCAUGGAGAAAGAUGGUGGUUCUUGUGGAAUCUCUGGAGGAGGAAGAGAAUUAUAUGGUGUUGGGUUUGGCAUGGAGAAAGAUGGUGGUUCUUUUGGAAUCUCUGGAGGAGAAGGCGAAUUAUCUGGUGUUGGAUUUGGCGUGGUGAAAGAUGGGGGUUGUUGUGGAAGUUCUGGAACCAUAGGAGGAGGAAACAAAACGCCUGGUGUUGAUGGUGGUGGUGACAAUGAAAAUGAAAAUGGAUCUUGUGGUGUCAUGCCUGGUUUUGAUGGUGGUGGUGACAAUGAAAAUGAUGUAGGGACAAGUGGUGGUGGAAUAGAAAUGCCUGGUUGGUUUGUGAUGGGAAUAGGAGGAGGUGAUAGCAUUGAAAAUGUUGGUGUUUCUGCUAAUGGAGGAGGAAUUACAAGAGGUGGUGGGACUACCGCUGGUAGUGUUGGUAGAGAUGGAGAUGGAGGAAGCGGGGAUGAUGGAGAUGGAGGAGGCGGGGAUGCGACUAAUGGUGGCGGAGGUGGUGAUGGAGGGGGUGGAGGGGGUGAUGGAGGGGGUGGAGGUGGUGAUGGAGUUGGUGGUAUUGGACAACAGGGAGGUGGUGAUGGAGUUGGUGGUAAUGGACAACAGGGUGCAACAGGUGGUGGUGGACAAACAGGCGGCGGAGGUGAUGGUGGUGGAGGACACGCCGGAGGUGGUGGUGGUGAUGGAGCGCAAGGUGGAGUACACGCCGGAGGUGGUGAAGGUGGUGGUGGUUGA